CCCCGCCUUAAAAUGCUCGAACAUGGCUGGACUGAGCCGAAAUCUCCUUCAGAAUUCAGCAGCAGGAGAUGCGGUUUGUUGACACCCGUCCAGGGGGUCAAAGUUCAGUGUUAGGCAUUUGAAGAUGGCCCUACUGAGCUCUCUCCGGACCCAGGGUCUCUUUGGGGCACUGUACUACACUGGGACCAGGAGCAUAUCCUCAGGAAGCCUUCAUAUCACGGAUUCACUGAACUUCUGGAGUGGUGGCCGAGUCGGCCUUAAAGAUGUGAAAACCAAAUCUGAACCAGUAUAUGAGCCUGCAACAGGCCGUGUCUUGUGCCAGCUACAAGCCUGUGGUGCCGCAGAUGUCGAUGCAGCUGUCAGGAGCGCCAGUGCUGCUUUUACAGUGUGGAGUAAACUGGCCGGCAUGGAAAGAGCCAGAGUCAUGCUAGAGGCAGCUAGACUCAUUGAGAAGAGAAGAGAGGAGAUUGCUGAGAUCGAGGUCAUCAACAAUGGCAAGUCCAUCACCGAAGCCCGAUUAGAUGUGGACUCGGCCAGACUGUGCAUUGAGUAUUUUGCAGGACAAGCCACCACACUUUCAGGUCAGCAUGUGCAGCUGCCAGGAGGUUCAUUUGCUUACACACGUUGGGAGCCGCUCGGUGUGUGUGUAGGAAUAGGAGCCUGGAAUUACCCUUUUCAGAUUGCAGCCUGGAAAUCUGCCCCUGCCAUUGCUUGUGGCAACUCUAUGGUGUUCAAGCCGUCCCCGGUGACCCCUGUGACUGCGGUGCUGCUGGCUGAGAUUUACUCACAGGCUGGGGCUCCUGAGGGCCUCUUCAAUGUGGUGCAGGGUGGACAGGAGACGGGGUCCCUGCUGUGUCAUCACCCGUCUGUGGCGAAGAUCUCCUUUACAGGAAGUGUGCCCACAGGCAAGAAAAUAAUGGAAAUGGCUUCCCGAGGGGUCAAACCAGUGACACUGGAGCUCGGCGGUAAAUCUCCACUGAUCAUCUUUGAGGACUCGGACCUGGAAAAUGCUGUCAGAGGAGCACUCAUGGCCAACUUCCUGUCUCAAGGCCAGGUGUGCAGCAAUGGCACCAGGGUUUUUGUGCAAAGCUCAAUUCUUCCUCAGUUCUUGACUGAGGUGGUCAGGAGAACUAAAGCCAUCCGGAUCGGAGACCCUCUGUUGGAUGAGACUCGUAUGGGUGCUCUGGUCAGCAAACCACACCUGGACAAGGUGCUGGGAUAUGUGAAGCAAGCUAAGAAAGAGGGAGCCAGAGUGCUCUGCGGAGGGGAGCCCUUCAUCCCAGAAGAUCCUAAACUAAAAGACGGAUACUACAUGACACCAUGUGUGCUCGACGGCUGCACCGAUGACAUGACGUGUGUCAGAGAGGAAAUCUUUGGGCCUGUGAUGUCAGUGCUGUCCUUUGACACCGAGGAAGAGGUUCUUCGGAGAGCCAAUGAUAGCGAUCUGGGUCUGGCUGCAGGAGUCUUCACUAAAGAUGUUAAGAGAGCUCAUCGUGUUAUAGAAAACCUUCAAGCUGGAUCUUGCUUCAUCAACAACUACAAUGUCACCCCUGUGGAGGUGCCGUUCGGGGGAUACAAGGCCUCAGGUAUUGGAAGAGAAAAUGGCCAGGUGACCAUUGAAUUUUACUCUCAGUUGAAGACUGUGGUGGUGGAGAUGGGUGAUGUGGACAGUCUAUUUUAAACACAAGCCAGGUGUUUUCUGGUUAAAGAUCAAUGACUGAAUCUUAAGAAAAAGAAAGAUCUUAAAAUGCAAUUACCAACAUUCUCUAAAAACUAACGCACAGCUAUUGAAUUUGUAUUAAUGUUUUCCAUGUUUCACGUGCCAAGCUGCCAACAUAAUUUCUGUGAAUAUUUUACUAUAAAGUGCCUGUACUGUAGGAUAGUGUGAGAAUAAAGAAUGUAACUGCAUUUGAUUAUUAAAAAGCUUUGAUUGGA